AUUGCCGCCGCAACUGCAAACGAGGCCCCAAUAGCAGCCAAAAUAUGUAUUUUCUCUGUUUCGUCCUCUCAUAAGUUGGAAAUGCUGCGAGGCUGCAACCAGUUUUCUAAUCCUUGUAUUUUAAAUCACCAAAAACCUGCUCAAUCCGGUGAAUCGCUUCGUUUGAAUUCAGCUGCUCAUUCGUGUAGUCGUAUAAUAUUACUGAGGAAUUUUGUUUUUAUCAACCCAUUGCAGUUUUUAAUUUUUUGGGGCAAUUUCCACGGACUCUGGAGUGCUGUUGCGCAAUACCGUCGGCAGGCUUAUCAUGGUUUUAAGGUGUUUUCUUUAAGGGAGUUGUUUCAAUAAUUGCCGGAAAUAUUGUUGAGGGUGGCGGAGGAUAUUUGCGUCGUGUCAGCAGCAAAGCUCUCGCCACUUCCGGUCAUCGCAGCAAAACACACAGCUUAAAAUGGUUGCGCCUAAUUGGGAUUUCUUGGGUUUUUAUUUUUUUAUCCUUUUAUCGCUUGUUAAAGAUUCACUGGCAAUACGGUGUUACGAAUGCAACCCGGGUAGUUCUUUCGGCAUAGGCGGCAGUGGGACGUACAGCUCCUCCUCCUCCUCAUCCAGUUCCAGCAGCACUUCCGGUCAGCAGAGCGACUGCUAUAACGCUGACAGCCGACAGAUCCGCGACUGCGCAUGGGAUGUUAAUUCCUGCUUCACCGUCGUUUUCCCUGGUCCCACAACCGGGAGCUCCCCGUCUCCCUCGGCUUCCUCCCUGGGCGCCGCUUCUAUGGCCAGCCCCGCCCUGGCGCAGCAGUCUCAAGUGGUCAGUCGCGGAUGUGGUCGAGCGCCCCACGCUAAACCGGGCGAGGUGGGCGAGGACGAGUGCAAGAUCGUAAUCCUCAACCAGCCCCCCGGCAACCCCACCACCUCCGCCACCCUCUCCCGCGCCACCGUCUGCCAGUGCAAAUCCGACCUAUGCAACGAUAAACGCCCUGACCAGGUACCGGGUGCCGGUCUCUCGUCAGCCGUCAGUGCCCAGUACACGUCCAUGUCGGGUAGCAACAGUUGGAUCUCGCCGUACGGCAGCGGAAGCGCCUUUCCCGGCGGUCCCUACCGGGAUUACUCCAUGAACGGGAGCCCUUACGGGAACUACGCCGGCAGUCCCAAUCUCAUCCCGGGAUACCCGCAGAACAAUUACAACGUGGGAGUGGCCGGGCGGUCCAGUCCGGCGUAUGGGCCGGCACCUAGCAACUUCAAUCAGGGCUCCGGAUUUUAUGCGCCCAGUGGAUUCUCCCAGUACCCGCAGUACCCGCAUUAUCCACAAUAUCCUGGGAACAACCAGUAUCGUCCGAAUGGCUUCGUCACCGGCAGUCCGCAGAACGACGCAGUGGACCGGAAGGUGGUGUUUAAUCCGGCGACGGGGCAAUACGAAACCGUCGCACCGGAUCAAAAUGGUCAACGGCGACCCUGGACCACAGGCGCAGGGACGGCUGCGGACCAGACCGAGUUUGUGGUCACACAGGAGCGCGAGUAUAAAGCGCAGUUUAAUAAUAACUUCAACGGGGUGGCCACGGUGUCGGUGUCGACUGGAUUGUUGUUGCUUCUGACCUUUGCUCUACUGUUCUAAAAUCAAAGGGACCUGUUGUAUGAAACACGGGUUGACUCUGUUAAGCGUCGGUCCGGAUAUUUUCAGGUUUUACUGUUAUGGAAACUCAGUAUUUUGAUGAUCUGUUGCGUUACCGGCGGCAGUGCUUCGUUUUUGACACAGCCAUCCGGGUCAUGGUUCGUUUUUCGAAUUGAUGUUGUCCAGUUUUUCAACAUAUGUCGCUGCUUGUUUUUCUUCCUUCUCUAAGGUUGUGAUCUUUUUUACGGUUUGAUUUUGACGGAUUGAGUUGUGUUACGGUUUGUGAGCUUUUCCGCAAGUAUGGUGAAGUACAACGUGUAUGUAAAUAAACGAUGAGCAAUCAA